CUCCGCUCAUCGAUAGGCAACAGCUGACUAAGAGAUUUUUUGGCGCAGAGGGUCACACCAAAAAUAACUUUGCAAAUUUACUUGCCAAAAUAAAGUUUAUUUAUCGCCAAAAAUGCUGUAAUUUAAAUAUAAAAAAUAUAAGAAAGCUACCAAUUGCUACCAAUGGCUCGCAUUACGUGGAGGGGUCACUCCACUCAGGAGUUGCUAUUUAUUUUGCGGCUUCGUUGGUCAUAUAUGAAGCACUGCUGGCACUCCUUAACCUUCAACGCCCACAUGAACUCCUCCUACGCCUCGGAUGUCUGUCUGACCCCCAUUUUUUGGUUUGUGGACAACUACACUCACUGCCUGGGACCGUUUUUUGUGGUUGGCGUGGCUGCCCUGACCACUUCAGUCGUUAGUAUUGCUUACUGGAUUGGCUUGCCCUUUUGGUGGGCCAAGAGUCAGUUGGUGACCUACUUCCUCCUCGUUGUGGGCAAUUGGCUGCUACUCAAUGUGGUUUUUCACUACGUUAUGGCUGUGAUCACGCCGGCUGGUCAUCCGCCGGAAGGAGUCUCCCUGGUGGAAGCGGUUAGCAUGUGUGGCAAGUGCAUUGCUCCCAAACCACCGAGGACACAUCACUGCUCCAUCUGCAAUCGCUGCAUUCUUAAGAUGGAUCAUCACUGUCCUUGGCUCAACAAUUGUGUGGGAUAUGGCAAUCAUCGCUACUUCUUCCUCUACAUGACAUACACCACUUUGGGUUGCCUGUUUCUUAUUUUGUUUGGCUUGGAGAUCGGCCACAAAUACCUGUGGCUGGAUCAUGGCGAAAACUGGACGGAAAUUGAGCCCUUGGAGGGGCAGCCAGUGAAAUUUAACCUCAGUGGGCACAUCAUUCCAGUGACACAUCCGCAUGAGUACGAUGAGUUUAUGCUGCCUGCAGCAGUGCACAAUCUUCCAACACCCAUUGUAGACACAGAUGCCGCUUUGCCCGGUCGACGACGAGCGCUUUGGUUCAUGGCAUUCACAAAUGUGGCCGUCGUCUUGGCUCUGGGGAGCCUUUCCAUCUGGCACGCCAAGCUAAUCACUCGUGGUGAGACAAGUGUAGAGGCUCAUAUCAACGAAGCGGAGCGAAAACGGCACCUCCAGCAACAGCGCAUUUAUAUUAAUCCGUAUAACUUUGGCACCAAAAAGAACUGGAAGCUGUUUUUGGGUUUGGUGCGCGGCAGGUCCUUUUGGCGAACUGUGCUGCUUCCAUCCUGGCACAAACCCGAAGGUACUGGGCUGAGUUUCCACACGGUAAAUGAUGCGCCCUUCGAGGACGAGUGGCCGUAAUUUGAACGUAGACGCUAAUGUGAUGUGCCAGCAAGUCAAUAUUAAGUUAAUAGUUUACGUUUAAGCUCAAAGUAAUAGGAAUGAAAAGCUUUUAUUUAGUAAAAUGUAGUAUAAUAAGCCUUUUACAAUUCCAAAGUUCACUCAAAACUUUAAUGCAUUAAGUAGCAAAGGCAUGUACUUUGUCUCCAUGACGACUAGAAACACAAUGACGCUUUUAUACUACUACUAGCUUAAUAAAAGACACUACUAGUAUACAAA